CCUUCAAAUGUCAGGUCGCAGCUUCCUCGCUCUCGUGAAACCCCGCUCUUUUAUGUGGUGCUGAAGAUAAAUGAUUUCAGCGCCGAAGUUUAGGGACAGCGCACAGCGGGGAAAUUUGAUGGUUUUCUGUAUUGACAGUUUUAGGUGUUUUCAGCACUAGACAGCGCUCGCGAGUAGAGCCGAUUUAAUCAUUGCCUUCCCUCACUCUGCUCACUCAUCAGCGAGGAAAUCGGCUGUGCAUCUUAAAGCUGAUUACAUUGUCUGUUUGGUUCUCUAAUGAAUGGAUAAACCACCUGACAUUGUCCACAGGAAUGGGGGAGAACAGACCUUAAUGUAGGAUCGUGUCUUCUGGACCUGUCUGACCCUAUAGUUUUGGACAUUAUUCAAUUUCAAGUGGCCGAACGUCUUGAAUGAGAAUGAAUAAAGGGGGCUCUCGGUCGACCACAUCGCUUCCACCGGAGCCGGUGGAAAUCAUCCGUAGCAAGUCGCACUCCCGCCGGGUGACACUCAAUGUUGGUGGUCUUCUCCACGAAGUUCUAUGGAGAACGCUGGACAGGUUGCCCCGAACAAGGCUGGGCAAACUACGAGACUGUAACACCCACGAGUCUCUCAUGGAGAUAUGCGAUGACUACAGGUUGGAUGAUAAUGAGUAUUUUUUCGACAGACACCCUGGGGCUUUCACGUCCAUUCUGAAUUUCUCCCGCACGGGAAAGUUGCACAUGAUGGAGGAGAUGUGUGCUCUGUCGUUCAGUCAGGAGCUGGACUACUGGGGUAUAGAUGAGAUCUACCUGGAGUCCUGCUGCCAGGCCAGGUACCACCAGAAGAAGGAACAGAUGAAUGAGGAGCUCAAACGAGAGGCUGAGUCUAUGAAGACCAGGGAAGGCGAGGAUUUUGAUACCACAUGUUGUUCUGAGAAGCAAAAGAAACUUUGGGAUCUCCUGGAGAAGCCUAGCUCAUCGUUAGCUGCUAAGGUCCUGGCCAUCAUCUCCAUCCUCUUUAUCGUGCUGUCAACUAUUGCCUUGUCUCUGAACACCCUCCCGGAGCUGCAGGACAUAGACGAGUUUGGCCAGGUGACAGACAACCCUCAGCUGGCUCACGUGGAGGCGGUGUGCAUCGCCUGGUUCACAAUGGAGUAUUUGCUCCGCUUCAUCUCCUCGCCAAGCAAGUGGAAGUUCUUCAAGGGUCCGCUGAACAUCAUUGACCUGCUGGCCAUCCUGCCCUACUACGUCACCAUCUUCCUGACUGAGUCCAAUAAGAGUGUUCUACAGUUCCAGAACGUCCGGAGGGUGGUGCAGAUCUUCCGAAUAAUGCGUAUUCUGCGUAUUCUGAAGCUAGCCAGACAUUCCACAGGGCUCCAGUCUCUGGGCUUCACCCUGAGGAGGAGUUACAACGAGCUGGGCCUGCUCAUCCUCUUCUUGGCCAUGGGCAUCAUGAUCUUCUCCAGUCUUGUCUUCUUCGCUGAGAAGGACGAAGAGGACACUAAGUUUAAAAGCAUCCCGGCCUCCUUCUGGUGGGCCACCAUUACUAUGACUACGGUGGGGUAUGGCGACAUAUACCCAAAGACUUUAUUGGGCAAGAUUAUUGGGGGUCUGUGCUGCAUAGCUGGAGUGUUGGUGAUAGCCUUGCCCAUCCCUAUCAUCGUCAACAACUUCUCAGAGUUCUACAAGGAGCAGAAGAGGCAGGAAAAGGCCAUCAAGAGGCGGGAGGCCCUGGAGAAAGCCAAGAGAAACGGUAGCAUCGUUUCCAUGAACAUGAAGGAGGCGUUCGCACGCAGCGUCGAGCUCAUGGACGUAGUGGUAGAAAAUAAUGGAGAGAACAUUGGGAAGUUGCAGGGCAACCACCUGUCUCCCAGCUACAGAAAAGGGACUCCCAAGCGGACUACCUCAGAGAUGGGUUCCGCCAAGUCCCUGGAGCCCGGCUCACCAGACAAAGCCCGUCCUGGAAGCCCUCAGCACCUCAACGCUCAGAAACUGGAGGAGAUGUACAACAAGAUGGCCAAGACCCAAUCUCAACCUAACCUUAACAACAAGGACAAGGGACCUUUAUCUAAAGCAGCCAAGAAGAGAGAUGAGAUAGAGAUGGGAAGCAUCCCCACGGAGCCUGCCCCAACCACAGACAUGAGGAGCAUGUCCAGUAUUGACAGCUUCAUGAGCUGCGCUGCCGACUUCACCGAAAGCGCCCGCUUCUCCCACAGCCCCAGCACCAGUGUACCAGGGAGGGUUAGCGCCAACCCCGUACUUGAGACCACCCUGGAGGAUGAGGCCAUGGACGGCCCUCACACUGCUACCAAGCUCCCUGAAAGACGAGGCUCCAAGUGCGGCCUCCCUGACAGCCCCCGUGGCCUGCGCUUCAGUAACCCUCUCAAGAACCGCUCACUCAAGGUCAACUUCAAAGGUGGCGGCGUGGGCCCCUCCUCCUCCUUCUCAGGACAGGGUCCAGGGGGUGGGGCCCUCUCAGAUAGCUCUGCCCUGUCUGACCACUCCUUCAUGAGUCCUGAGGUGUCUGUCUACACCACCACCAGCAGCAGGACCCCACCCCAUGAGACCCUGAUCCCCACAGUCUUCACAUUCCACGACGCUUCCAUUAGUAAGUUCAUCGACGCUGACACAGACGAGGAGGAGCACCUCCAUGACGGCUCAGGCACCAACCCCUCCCAGAGGCUCCUGGGAAAAGCCAGCCCCAAGCUCAGCUCCCAUAGCAGCCACCACAUUGCAGCCAACCACCUGGAGGGCUCCCAGAAGAUGCUGGCUAAUAGUGUGUUCCCCUUGGAGGGCAGGCCAGGGGGGGGACAGGAGAACCAUGUGUUCUCCCGGGGAGAGAGGAGUUGUUCAAACACCAGUAAUGAGAGAAAGUGAGGCACAAAGGAAGGGAAAAGGUAGUAUAGAGAGCACCCAAACAGAAGGACAUGGUGCAAAUACUACAGAGAAAUAAAAGAAAACAUGAACUCUAACCCAUACCAGGAGCUGCACCUCUACUCACUUGAGUAAAAGGCACUGAAAACACAUUUGCCAUUUUUUUUUUGUAACAAAUGCCCAAUAAGUAGAACUUUUGGGACACAGGAAGGAGCUCACUCUUCCUUCCUUUUCCUGCUACUUGAGUGCAUAGACCGUCAGGAUGGCAGCAAAAUUACUGAAGGCAUUGGGAGGUGCUACUGUGGGACUGAGAAAGAGAGGGUUCAUUGCUGUGUCCAAAGGGGAUACACAUAACUCUGCAGAAUCAGGUCAUGCACUGUAGAUUUAGCCAUUACUGAAUCAACAUUGUGGUAAGAGAAAUUUAGUUUGAUUUCUUCCUCAAAAUUGGCCUUAGUUAUAUGCGACUGUGUGUAUACAUAGCAUGUAUGCGUGUGCUUGUAUGUCUGUGAGUGUAUGUUUAUGCAUGAUGAUAGGCAGAUAAACAUACACAUACACACACAGGCAUACAUCAUUUUAUGUAUAUUAUUUUUCCGUUCUUAAAAAAAAAAGUAAAUAGCAUAAUUUCUUUGGUCUGUUAUUUUGUGAUGCUGUCUAAGAGGUGAACUUUCAUCCCUGUUUCACAACAGUUUGGGUCAGCCAUUACAGAGGACACAGCCACUGUCAUAUCCUGUCUGUUUCCUCAUUCCCAUCAUGCCCCAUUCCUGGCAUGAGAUAGUGAAUAUUGUGAUGAGUGAUAAAUAUUUUCAAUUCUGUACAGUGUAUUCUUUGUUGUUUUGUUUGUUUACUUAUGUGUUUGUUUUUGAUUAUUUGGUUUUUAUGCAGACAGGUGAUAUUUACACAUAGAAAACAGGAUAAACCGGGUUCCUUUAUGUUUUAAUACUCUCUCAGAUGUGUGGUUGUGGUUGGUUGUCAUGAAUCAUAUCCAAUCACAGUUGCUACUGGGGAGGGGAUAAACAGCAUCAGCCCAUUAUCAGCCUGAAAACGUCAUCCUGGCACAUUUUUGCAAAAAGGUAAAAUGUCAUAGUACCUGAUGUUUUUCUCAAUACAUUGCAGUCAAUGAGAAAAGAUGAGUGUCACAGGGUUGUCGUCUUUCUCAAUACAUUUCAGUCAAUGGGGAAAAGUUUGUGUCACAGGGUUGACGUUUAAUUUAAUAUUGCAGUCAAUGGGAAAAGAUGAGUGUCACAGGGUUGACGUUUUUCUCAAUACAUUGCAGUCAAUGGGAAAAGAUGAGUGUCAUAGGGUUGACGUUUUUCUCAAUACAUUGCAGUCAAUGGGAAAAGAUGACUGUCACUCCAGAGUGGCGCAGUGGUCUAAGGGACUGCAUCUCAGUGCUAGAGGCGUCACUACAGACCCUGGUUCGAUUCCAGGCUGUAUCACAACCGGCCGUGAUUGGGAGUCCCAUAGGGUGGUACACAAUUUGCCCAGUGUCGUCAUUAGGUAGGCCGUCAUUGUAAAUAAGAAUUUGUUCUUAACUGACUUGCCUAGAUCAAUAAAUAAACAGUGUUGAAGCUUAUAUAAAUACAUUGUGGUCAAUGGGAAAAUAUGAGUGUCACAGGGUUGAUGCCCAAGUGGAUACAUUGCAUUCAAUGGGCAAAGAUAAGCAUCACAAUAUGGAUGCAUAGAGAAAGGUUUCACAGACAUGACUCUCUCUUCUAUCUAUUUUUCCAUCAUCUCUCUUUAUCUCAGACAGAAAGACAUCUCCACUCACAUGCAGGAAGAGAGGCAGGCAGGAAAGCAGACAGAUAUAUAAAAUCACAGACAGGCAGGCAGGCAAACUCUAAACCAAACCCUAACCCUAGCAUCAUGUCCACAUCCCAGCUCAACUCUAACCCUAACUCUAGCUUCCUGUCCACAUCCCACCUCAACCCUAAACCGAGCCUUAACCCUAACCCUAGCUUUCAUGUCCACUUGCAGCUCAACCCUAACCCUAACCCUUGCUGCAUCUCUACAUCUUGGCUCAACCCUAACACUAACCCUUGCUUCAUCUCUACAUCUUGGCUCAACCCUAUCCCUAGCCAUAACCCUAACACUAACUUCUUGUUCACAUGUCCGCUCAACCCAAACUCCAAGAGCUGAGCGAAGAUGUGGCGGGUUAGAGUUAUGGUUAGGGUUAGGGUUGAGCUGCAAGUGGACAUGAACCUAGGGCCUUAAUCCUAGACAUAACCUUAACCAUAAUCCAAUUAACAAUUGAAUGAAUGAAACAAUGCAAUGAAUGAAAUUUUAUUUUCGUGUCAAAUUGCCAAUUACCAACCCAUCCCUUAUGAGAUUAAUUGACACAUAAACAAACAUUACAAUGAUUCACUAUGGUAAUUAAAUGAUAAUUAUGCUUCCGGUGUUCUCUGCAUUGCAUAAAUAGUAAAAAAAUAAAAUAAUUAAAGAUACAAAAAAAGAAAGAAAGAAAGAGAGUAAGGUAAAAAUCAAUACAUAAUAGUAAAUUACAUCCCUACAGCAGUAAAUAAUACACAUAUAUACAUACAGUUGAAGUCUGAAGUUUACAUACACCUUAGCCAAAUACAUUUA